GAGAGAGAGAGAGAGAGAGAGAGAGAGAGAGAGAGAGAGAGAGAGAGAGAGGGAGUGGCUGCUAUCAUUUCUUUCUGAGACUUCCGUUGAAAGCCUUGGGAUCGAAGGCUGAGAUAUUCAUCAUGGCGUAGGGGAGCUAUAAUCAUCUCCCUGUAAUUGCAGAGAGUGCAAAAAGCACAGCUCAAGAGAGAGAGAGAAGAGCGUAUAUUGAAUCUUAUAUGGUGAAGGAGCAAAAAGUUUGACUGAAAAAGAAAUUUAAAUAAAGGCUGAGAGGUCUGAAGGAGAAGAAUUAUUCGUGCUCUCUUUCUUUCUUUUCAAGGCUGCUUUAUGAUGAGACUUUGAAAGAGUAAAGAUGAAACUAUGAAAAGUGUCUAAAAAAGCAAAGAAGGUAUGUGGGUGUCACCUGAACUGUUGCUUUGAAUACAGAGAGAGAUUCCUGGAGCAUGCUAGCUACUUAAUUUUAGUUACUCUUCUUGGGAUUUUCAAGUCCUUUAAAAAAAACAUAAUCUUUUUAUGGAGCCUGCAAAUCUCCACCACCAACAUCAGCUCCAGGAUCAUCAGCUUGUUGGGUCUUCUCCAUUAGCUACCCCAUCUUGCUAUGGAGGUGGAAGCACCCAUGAUUGGACCUCAAACAACAUCUUCAGUAUCAAUAACUUCAAUCCAAAUAUUAAUGGAGGUCUCAUCAACUCAAGAGAUCCAAGGCAGCUGGAAAAUCACAUUCUAAGCUCUUCUCAGAACAGUUGCAUGAAUCGAGACUUGGGCUUUCAGUGGGCUAGUUCAGCUACUACAGGGAGCUUCAACAGUCGCUCUAUGCAUGUUUUGGACUCAAACAUUAAUGAAGAGCUCUCAGAUUCUUACCCAAAAUUCAACGAAAUGACAAACAGCCCUUCAUCAAGCAUAGAAGAUUUACACUUACAUCCCACAAGUUCCAUAAAGAAUGAGCGAAGAGAUUUUAACGAUCUGAGUGAGAAACUCAUGCUUAGAACUCUCUCUUCUGGUUCUGCUUUCAAAAUUGAAGGGCUUCAACUUCCAACUCCAGAAUUCUACUCCAACCCACAAUUCUCUCCUAGUUUACAAAGCGCAUCCACAGCUUGCCGAGGGAUUUUCAGCCAGAUUCUUCCUACCAUUAAUAUUUCAAACUUGAAUCAAUCAUCUUCAGCAAUUUCAAGCUCUUCAGACAUGAACUUGCAAGUUCUGGAUCUCUUAACGUCUUCAAGGUUCAGUGGAAGUUUUAGCCAGCCCUCACACGAACACCUCGGCCUGUUUAAAGACAGUCCAUUCAAUGGUCUUGAUAUUAUGCACCAGUCAAGUCGCAGGCCAUCCAACAGCUCUAGUCAAGUGAUAUCAUCCUUGACUAAUGGAGUUACAGAAGCAAAAAGAAGCAGCAGUUUUUUGGAGCCAAAGGCUCCUCAAGCAGCACCAAAGAAAUCGAGAUUGGCAGCUUGCUGCCCACCCUUUAAGGUCAGAAAAGAGAAAUUAGGAGAUAGAAUUUCAGCUCUUCAGCAGUUAGUGGCACCUUUUGGCAAGACUGAUACAGCGUCCGUUCUAAUGGAGGCGAUUGGAUAUAUCAAAUUCCUUCAAAACCAGGUCGAGACGCUAAGUGUCCCAUACAUGAAUUCAUCAGGCAAGAACACCAGUUGUAGGUCAUUGCAAGGGGAGGAUGGAGAAGAAGAGUCGUGCCAUCGAGAUCUUAGAAGCCGAGGGCUCUGCCUGGUACCCUUGUCAUGCUUGUCUUACGUUACCGAUGGCGGUGGAGGUGUUUGGCCACCUCCUAACUUCGGUGGAAGCACUUGAAUGUGUUUUUCAAGUCAAACAGUAGAUUGCACCUUGCCCUAAAGCAGUGUUGGAUCCUGUAAUUCCAUAAUGAAGAAGAAUCCAUCUCUAGAGUAUCUUGCUUUUUAAUAUAAUGGAGCAAAUUUGGUCAUCCUCAACAAGUAAUUAGAUUCCAGGUUGGACCAAGUUUGAUCCAUUAAUGAUCUGUUUAAGUUUUUUUCAUUACCAUCUUCCCCAAUUGGUUGUGUACACUAAGUCUAUUGAUAAUC